UUUCAGGGCAUCUUUUUGGCGAACAUGUGAUGCGCCGCGAUGCCCACUCUGUCCGCGGCGCCUGAGCAGAGUUCCGGCGGCCGCACCGACCGGCAUAAUAGUCACACCGGCGCCAUGAGCCCCGAGCAGGAGGCGAGUCCACCACCUGCCGCCCCGGGCGCUUCACCACCUCCACCGCCACCGACGCGACUGCCCACGCCUGUCAUGUCUCAAGAGGACGUUAACACAUCUGACGUCGAGCAGUUCGCCGGUAAGAUCGUCUACAAUCCCGAUGGCUCCGCUUACAUCAUCGAGGAUUCCGAGAGUGACAGCGAGACCCACGGGCAUAACACCAACGUACCCGAAAUUGUGCCUCCACUCCAGGCUGUGUACGUUUCCAGGUUGCUCCGGCAGCCUGCCCGUCCCACGGAUCUUCCUGCGGUCCAUAGCUAUCGCGUGAUAGCGUUAAGAGACGCUAGGCCUCCCAGGCCUGCUUCUGUGCCAGUUAAACCUAUCCUCAUGUGUUUCGUUUGUAAGUUGAGCUUCGGUUUCGCACGGUCAUUUGCAAAUCACGCACAAUCCGAGCACGGUGUUAUUCUCAAAGAAAACGAACGAGAGGUAUUAGCGGCUGACUGUUCGGCCAUAUUACAAUGUGUGGGAGCUGACAAAAGGCCUAUGGUGUCGCUACUAGAACCCCUUGGACCAGCUCCGCACGAAAAUCACUCAAAUCAAAUGGUUCCUGUUCAUUGUGUACAAAGUCGAAACGAAGGUCCAUCGCCAAUAUCAGAUACGCCUCCUUCGUGUCCUACGUCUAGAAAUACUCCAGGAAAAUCACCUUCACCGCCUUUCGUUACACCACCUGCGUUUAUGACUGGUACAACGAUAGGAGUUUGUCCUGAACACCUUCAAGGUCGACCGUCUGGAGUAGAAUGCGCCCGUUGUGAAAUGAUUCUUGCGUCUGGAAGACUGGGCCCUGCUGGUUUAGCGAAUGUACACAGUAGAAACUCUUGUAAAACGCUUAAAUGUCCAAAAUGUAACUGGCAUUAUAAAUAUCAAGAAACCUUAGAAAUCCAUAUGAAAGAAAAACAUCCUGAAGCAGAGACUAGUUGUAUUUAUUGUAUAGCUGGUCAACCUCAUCCUCGACUUGCGCGAGGAGAAACAUACACCUGUGGCUACAAACCGUAUCGUUGCGAAGUUUGUAAUUAUUCAACGACAACCAAAGGAAACCUUAGUAUACACAUGCAAUCGGAUAAACAUUUAAAUAAUAUGCAAGAGCUUCAAAAUGGAGGUGGACCAAACACGGAAAGUAGGCAGUCAUCACCGAAAGCUCCACCGCUCCACCAUUCUCCAGUUAGUAGUGGCGGCCAUAAACCGAAACCCAGUUUUAGAUGCGACGUUUGUAACUACGAAACCAACGUGGCAAGAAAUUUAAGAAUACAUAUGACUUCUGAAAAGCAUACACACAAUAUGCUAGUGUUACAACAAAAUGUUAAACAUAUGCAAACUUUAUCAGCGCUUCAUCAUCAACAGCAUCCGCAACAACACAUGGAAAGUUUGUAUGGUAUAUAUCCCGGCUUAGGUGAUAAACCUGAAGCAGCAUUAGCUGAUAUGGCGUACAACCAAGCAUUACUCAUUCAAAUGAUGACCGGUGGUCAAUUACCUGGUCACGGUGUUCCAACCGAUAUGACAGCGCAUUCAGAUCUCGGGCUCAACCCAGAAACCAUGGAACCUCCUCCAGAACCCGCGGACCCUGAUCCGGAUAAGACGUUUCAAUGUUGUGUUUGUAAUAUUUUCCAAAGUGAUAACCUGGAAGAUCUAGGAAGGCAUUUAGCGUUAGAUCGGACGCGACUGCGAGAACAAGAAAUCCUUGCUGUCGUAGCCGGACACUACGUCUGUAAGUUGUGCACUUACAAAACAAAUCUAAAGGCUAACUUCCAACUCCAUUGUAAGACUGAUAAGCAUCUACAGAGACUGCAACACGUUAAUCACGUGAAAGAAGGAGGCCCGAGAAAUGAGUGGAAGCUGAAAUACGCUUCAGCACCUGGAGGAGUUCAAAUUCGUUGUAACGCUUGUGAUUAUUAUACCAACUCGGCGCAUAAGCUGCAGUUGCACGCGGCUGCGGGUCGACAUGACGCCGGAGUUGCUUUAAUGAAACAUCUUCUCGAAAGAAGUUCUACUCUAAGUCCUAAUCUAUCUAAGGUUUAUCAUUGUUCGUUAUGUGGAUUCUCAGCUACCAAUAGACUACCUCUUUUACAACACGUAAGAUCUCUUAAACAUCUCCAUAUGGAACAGUUACAUCAGCUUCAAAGGCGAGCGGAGGGGAAGGAAAAUAGUCCAGAAAUAGGUGAAGUUUUUCAUGUCGUUGCUGGUACUGUCGAACAGCUGCAAACACCUGAGCGAAGAGAUAGCAUCAAUUUGGAACUAAGUCAGAUUGAGUCGAGUAGAGAUCAAGUUAAAUCUGAACCUCGUGAAGAAAACGACGACGAGAGUGGUAAUUCGCAACACAUGUGCCCGUUCUGUGAUUAUAGUAGUGACUCUGAGAUGCGCAUUCAAGCGCAUAUUCUCGCCCAACACGGUACAAAUAAUACUUCCAUGACUGAACAACCCUCACUUCACUGCCCUCUGUGUCAGGAUGCUUUUAAAGAUAGAGUUGCGCUGGAACGCCACGUGAUGCAAAUACACUCUGUAAAUAGCGAAGGCCUGCAACGAUUACUUAUGCUUGUCGAUCAAAGUCAUUGGUUAAAUCAGACAUCUCGAACUCCAACACCGAACAAUUCGAUUAAUCAGUCGCAAACGACACCUAAUCAAAUCGUAUCACCAAACUCUGUGUCUUCCAAAGAAUCUAACAAGUUUGAGAAAACCGAUAUAGGCCAAAUUGACGUCGAUUUGCUGUCGCCCACCAGCGACGAUAACACCGAAUCAGAAUCUGAACGAUGCGGCACGUGUUUAAAAACGUUUCGAAACAUCGACGAAUUAUGUUAUCAUCAGAACGAAACCGGUCAUUUAGAAAUUAAACAAACGCCGAGCGGACCGGGCUAUUUAUGCUGGAAAAAAGGUUGCAAUCAUUUUUUUCCGACGGCCCACACGUUGCAAAUGCAUUUCAAGGAAGUACACGCAAAAAAUUCGAUCGCAAAUAUGUCCGUUUCGGAAAAACACGUUUAUAAAUACCGAUGCAAUCAGUCUCUGGCUUUCAAAACUCUCGAAAAGCUGCAAUUACAUUCGCAGUAUCACAUGAUUAGAGACGCUACUAAAUGCGUUUUAUGCGGACGCAGCUUUAGAUCACUCGUAGCUUUACAUAAACAUGUCGAGAGCGUGCAUUCCGAACUAACCGACGAAGAACUCAAUGCAUAUAAACAAAGCCUAAUGAACAAUCCUUUAUUACUGGCUGGUUUACAAGGACAAGUCUUAGAUAGCUCGACAAAUGACAUUCUAAAAAAAGAAUCAAUGCGCAGCGAUGACGAUUCCGCUGAAAUCGACGAAAGCAAAGAAUUAAACAGCAGUCAAUCAUUAGACGACAGCAAUCAAAACGACGGCGAAAAUUCAGACGACAGCAUCAUUUACAAGGACCAACAAUUCUUAGAAGAUUACCUGAAUAGCCAAGCCAUUGCCGAGGAUAGCUACAACGACCCUAACAGAAAAUACAAAUGUCAUCGGUGUAAAGUAGCUUUUACAAGACAAAGUUAUUUAACCGCUCACAAUAAAACCCUUUUACACCGAAAAGGCGAAAAACUAAGUUACCCAAUGGAGAAAUACCUGGAUCCUAACAGGCCUUACAAAUGCGACGUUUGUAAAGAAAGUUUCACACAAAAAAAUAUAUUACUCGUUCAUUAUAAUUCUGUGAGUCAUUUGCAUAAAUUGAAACGAGCUAUGCAAGAACAACAAAAUAAUAAUAACAACCCACCUGUAUCGCCAGUGAUGACGGGUACGCAACCGCAGAAUUUAACGUUAACACCGAAAAGUACCUCAUCCGAAGAAGACGAUAAGAAAAGAUACCGAUGCAAUAUUUGUAAAGUAGCAUACACACAAGGCAGUACGUUAGAUAUUCAUAUGAGGAGUGUUCUACAUCAAACUCGAGCGAGUAAAUUACAAGAUUUAGCGCUGUCCGGUCAAAUCGACCUGUCGAAACCAUUGAUAGAACAACCCGAAGCCAUGCAGUCUCCGAAACAAAAUAGCCCGGCGCCAGGUAGUGGGGACAAACAACCCUCUCCUACCCCACCGUCACCUGGGCUCUCAGGUAGUCAAGGGAUGAUGAGCUGUUCUAAAUGCGGUGCACUAUUCAGUUCGCAAGAUCAGUUGAGUGCCCAUCAGCAGCUGUACUGCAUGUUCGCAACGCCUAUGGCGAUCUUUCAGGGCGCGCCUGAACCGAACCAAGCCAAAAGUCCGCCUAUCAGUGAAUCUCAAGACGGGGGAAUCAAAUUAAAUAUACCGAAAAAAAACCGGCUCGCACAUGUAUAAACAUUUACUAGAAAGUUUCGGGUUCGAUUUAGUGAUGCAAUACAACGAAACACAUCAAAGGCGGCAGAGACAGCAGCAGCGAGAAGCGGAAGAAAAUGUCGCCGUCGCCAGCGAGGUUCAGUCGCCGCCGCCGCCGCCUCCAGUCCAAACCGACGUUGAAGAAGAGACGGCACCACCCGCUGACUGUGGCGAUCCCAAGGCCGAGGAGGACAUCGAAAACAUCUUACCCGAAUUCAAAACCGAAUACGAAAAGAAAACGGUGGUAGUGACUGCAGCGACCUCCUCGACCCUCAACUCCAUGCCGAGAGUGUCCACGCCCGGUGCAACUCCACCCAGCUCCACGGCGGCGGUCACGUCGAGUCCUAUCGAAAAUUCCACUCCGGAGAAGGCGGACGAAUCGAAAGAAGCUUUGCACGCCAAACUAAAUCUGCAUACUCCUCCAGAGGCUACUUCCACGGCUCCCUCAACUCCCACGUCGUCGACGACGCCGGCUAGUAGCACCGAUUCGUUGCCGGCGAACAUUCAAGCUAUGAUAGCUCAGAGUAUGGCUCAAAAUCCAGUGGCUUUGGCACAGCAAAUGUCAGAUAUGCAAGCGGCGCUAAAUGUCAUGCAACUUCAACAAUUAAAUUUCAAUCCUAUGAUGCAGAUGAUGGGUAUGGGAUUGCCGCUGGGAUUAAAUGCGCUGGCUGCUAUGAAUCUACAGCCGCCGUUAGUGCCGAUGAUGAUGCCGCCCCCGCCUUUCGAUCCCAUGUCUCAAUACGGAUCGCAAGACCAGCAGAUGAUGGCUAAACAACAAGCUAUGAUGCAGCAACAAGCAGUCGUCAGCGCUGCUGCUAACCAGAAACGUGCCAGAACUCGAAUUACCGACGACCAAUUGAAAAUUUUACGUGCUCAUUUCGAUAUCAAUAACUCGCCGUCGGAAGAUCAGAUACACGAGAUGGCAUCUCAGAGCGGAUUGCCUCCUAAAGUCAUAAAGCAUUGGUUCAGAAAUACGCUAUUCAAAGAGAGACAACGCAAUAAAGAUAGUCCGUACAAUUUUAAUAAUCCUCCAUCCACUACGCUUAAUUUAGAAGAAUACGAAAAAACCGGUGAAACGAAAGUCAUGCCAUUAAAUAGCUCUGGUAGUAGCGCUGAAGAAAAUAAAUUAAAAGAAUCACCCAAAGUCGCCCAACAAGAAAUCAAAAGUGAAUUAAAAGAAGAAUGCGUCGAUGACUAUUCAAAAUUAUGCGAAGAAAAAGCGCAAGAACCGGUUGAUGAAAAACCUAAUAUCUUUAAUUUACCAGUAAAUUUACAACAAGUACAAAGCCCUGCUAAUUCUGUCGCUAGUUCUGACAAUCAAAGCGUCUCUCAACCCAGUACGCCAAACAAUCUAACUCUAACAUCAAUAAUUGCAUCACAACUAGGUGAUACUCUAACAACCAGUACUCCAACAAUGAACAUGGCUAACCUAUCAUCUCAUCACGGUUUAACCAGUCCAAUGUUACCUCCUCCUAAAAUAAAUCAACAGAAUUUCCCAAACCCAAACAACCUUCAGGGUAUGCUACCCCUUACUCCCAACCGUUGCCUAAGUCCCAACAGAGACUACAGCAAUCCCGGAAGUCAAGGCUCUGGAGGUUCAACUGGUAAAAGGGCGAACCGUACUAGAUUCACAGACUACCAAAUCAAGGUACUACAAGAAUUCUUCGAAAACAACGCUUACCCAAAAGACGACGAUCUCGAAUACCUCUCGAAAUUACUGAAUCUCAGUCCUAGAGUUAUUGUUGUUUGGUUUCAAAACGCUCGACAGAAAGCUCGCAAAGUAUACGAAAACCAACCCGCAGUAGAACCCGCCCCGGGUAUCGAUGAAAGUGGUGCGAACCGAUUUCAAAGAACGCCAGGUCUGAAUUAUCAAUGCAAGAAAUGUUUGCUGGUAUUCCAAAGAUAUUACGAACUGAUCCGACAUCAAAAAACUCACUGUUUCAAAGAAGAAGACGCGAAACGUUCAGCGCAAGCUCAAGCCGCCGCUGCACAAAUCGCUGCAGUUUUAAGUUCUGAAGAUUCCAACUCAAGUACAACUGUUGAACAAUCUUUACAAUGUCAGCAAUCUCAACAAUGUCAACAAUCUCAACAACAUCAAAUGCCUCCUACUCUACCUCAACCAAAUCUCACGCAAAGUCCUAACCAUCCUACAGCACCUACAACUCCUACUCCCAGCCAAGGAAAUUAUCCCCCAACAUCACCAUCUCCUUCGUCUGAAUCCAAAGAAAGCACUUUUCAAUGUGACAAAUGCAAUCUAGUCUUUCCCAGAUUUGAACUCUGGAGAGAACAUCAACUUGUUCAUUUAAUGAACCCAAAUCUUUUUCCAUCCUACCCUCCCGACUCCCCUUUUGGUAUCCUACAGCAACACGCUCAAUUGCAACAAUUAAACGCUAAUUUGGGGGAUCCAAACAAACAACCUAAUAGUAUUGGAAAUAUUUCACAACAAAACUUACAACAUCCUCUUAUAAAUAUGCUGAACAACGUAGCGGGUCAAAAACGAAAAGUUGAUGACUUUGAUGCCGAAAGUGAUACUUCAGAUCAACCCAAAGAUAAGAGACUUAGAACAACUAUUUUGCCAGAACAAUUAGAUUAUUUAUAUCAGAAAUACCAGGUGGAAAGUAAUCCUUCUAGGAAGAUGUUGGAAAAUAUUGCUAGAGAAGUAGGUUUAAAAAAAAGAGUAGUCCAAGUGUGGUUUCAGAACACCAGAGCUAGAGAAAGAAAAGGUCAAUUUCGCGCCCAUGCUCAAGUAAUUAAUAAAAGAUGUCCGUUCUGCCCAGCUUUGUUUAAAGUAAAAUCAGCACUCGAAUCUCAUUUAACUACCAAACAUGCCGACCAGUGCGCUAGAGGCGAAAUUAACAUCGACGCCCUACCCGAUGAAGAAGUCAGUCUUGAAUCAGCACCAAGUUUGAGCUCCGGUAGCGAAAACAAGAAUCCGACUCAAAAUUCAAACAUGGUUCCACCACUAUUCCCUUCACUUCACCCAGAAAUGGAAAACUCCAUAAAAAAAUACUACGAAGAAAGUAUGAAAAGAUACAUCAAUGAAUUGCAAGCCCAUGCAGCAGCUUCCAAUGGUGAUAAAAGCGAAAUAAAAUCAGAAAAACCGGAAGGCGGCGAAAUCCCUUUAGAUCUGUCGAAACCAGUUGAUCUAUCAAGACCAAUGAAAGUAUCCAUGGAACACGAACGAAGCGUUUGUGAUCCCGGUCCACUAACUGAUCUCAGCGAACGUUCGUUAUGCGAUGAACGAAGCGAUUCAAUGUCUGAAACAACCGAGUAUUACGAUGAUGAAAGUAAUCCAACCUCACCAGCCAGCAGUACGCAAAGCAACAAUCAGAAGCUGAAUAACAGUGGGAAUUCUCAAGGAGGCAAUAAACGCUACAGAACACAAAUGUCGUCAACCCAAGUAAAAAUCAUGAAAAUCCUUUUCCACGAUUACAAAACCCCUACAAUGGCUGAAUGCGAAAGUUUGGGUAGAGAAAUCGGUUUACCAAAACGAGUUGUACAAGUCUGGUUCCAGAACGCCAGAGCCAAAGAAAAGAAAGGAAAAGUAGCAUUACAAAAAGCUUUAGGACAACCGGAAAGCGACGCCAACUCCAUGCCCGACGACUGCAAAUACUGCAACUUCAAAUAUUCACACAAAUAUUCGAUUCAAGACCACAUCUUCACCAAAUCUCACAUAGCCAACGUGAGAAUGCAUCUGGAGAAUCUGCAUAAAGACGCCGCCGUUCCUGAGGGAGAGUUCACAGUGCCAUCGUUACCUGGAGCUUCGGGGGCCAUCACAGCCGACUCCACCACCAAUCCGCAACAGAACGUCAACAACAACAGUCACUACCAACUGCUGCAGAUGUCCGGUGUUCAAAUGGGGACCGUGGCCGCCAAAACCGAGCAGGAGGAGAGUCCGGAGAACCUGUUCCAACAGUUCUACGCCUUGGGGAACAAUGCCAACUAUGGGGUGCAGAAUCAGUAUGUCCACCAUGCGAUGUUUGGCGCCAAUGCGUGUUUCUUUGUUAUUGUUUGUUGGAUUCAAACGUAUUGUUUGUUGGAUUCAAACGGGAAAAACGGAAAAUCGACAUUUCGUUUAACGUUUUCGUUUAACGUUUCGUUUAACGUUUCGUUAAACGUUUCGUUUAACGUUUCGUUUAACGUUUCGUUUAACGUUUCGUUUAACGUUUCGUUUAACGUUUCGUUUAACGUUUCGUUUAACGUUUCGUUUAACGUUUCGUUUAACGUUUCGUUUAACGUUUCGUUUAACGUUUCGUUUAACGUUUCGUUUAACGUUUCGUUUAACGUUUCGUUUAACGUUUCGUUUAACGUUUCGUUUAACGUUUCGUUUAACGUUUCGUUUAACGUUUCGUUUAACGUUUCGUUUAACGUUUCGUUUAACGUUUUUAUUUAA